UACUACGCGGUCUCUCGGAUGAUGCUUUCGGCUGUUCGGUCUUUGGCCCCCAAUUAGCCCCUUCUUUUGGGCCAGGGAUUAGUUAAUCUAUUCUGACACUUUCAUGUAGCCCGGGGCAGUGCAUCUGUAGAUCAUCUCUGGCCCAAACAACGCCAGAGAAAGCCACUAAAACGGCGACAACGACAAGCCAAAAGCAGCACAUUAUUCAAAUUUCGCAGCUACAAACCGUGCUCGACUGCCCGCUGCAAGAUCUAACGCAGAGGCAGGUUCCCACCACAGUCUAUAAAUAUAGCGCCCAACGUGAGCAACACCGUGCGCGGCGAUCUCGGGCAGGAAUUUUGCCAUCAAAUUGAAGAUCGAGAGGUGCAAAAGUUGUUAACAGGAUGCCGCCAAAGCGACCGCCGCCACUGGUGCCGAAGCAGCCCAAUCCCAGCAUGAACUACGAAGUUUUAAUCUACUUAAACUCCUUUUACUUUGGGAUGUUCGCCUGCUGCGAGAUGGCGAUGGGUCUGCUGAAGGCCAUCAAUCUGAGCUAUACGGGGCAUACCCUGGCCAUGGAUUCGGCGGUGAUGGUUUCAUUCAUUCUAUUGGAGUCGAUACGUCUGAUAAUGGGACGCAAGAGUUCGUUGGCCGAUCGAGGUUGGUCAGCCAUAUUGUCGGUCUUUAUGACUGCUCCCUGCUUCCUCGGUGUCUCCUAUCUGCUGCUGCUACAAACCUACCGACUGCGCCUGGAGUACUGCCUCUGUACGCUGCAGAUAGCCCUCUAUUUCACCGAAGUGUGGUAUGCCAUCGUCUUCGUUUUCUCACUGUGUCGUCCAGUAACUUAUGAUUAGUAAGAACAACAAACCGAACAGGUCACAAACAAACAAAACAAAACAAAAAACAUUUAUACAUUUAGUACUUACAAACAAGCGCAAAGUUUAGCAAUAUACAACCAAAAAGAAUGAUAUUGAAUGAUAGAUAAAGAUUGAAAUUGCAGUAGGCAGUCGAGACUUGCUCAUAUGCCCCGAAAAAAAAAAACAUACACAGAAACUUAGAUGAGAUGAAAAGUGAAAUCCGUAAAAACAAAAAAACUUGAGUAGUUUAUAUGAUAUUUAAUUAUACUUAUGAUAAGAUUUAUGAUAGAGAGCAUACACACACAUGGUUUUAUAUACAAGAAAUGUUAACAUUUAAGCAUCAAUUGGAACCAAUAUAAAAAGAGAGACAACAAAAAGCUUCAAAAACUUUGAUGUAAAACUUGAAAAUAAUUUUCACAAUUUUUAAGAUGCCAUUUUUUUUGUAUAAAAACAAGUUAAAAAACAAACUAAAAAUUGUAAGUGUGGAAAAAUAAUCUAAAAACUAGUUAAAAUGGUUACAUAAUAACUCGAAUCUUUACACAAAUUCUAGUCACAAAAAACAACCAGGAGAAAUCAUGUAAAUUACGCUUGAGAUCCAUUCAAAAAAACUCAAAAAAGAAAUAGUUUAUUAAACAAUAAGAGAAACCCCAGUAGAAAAACAACAGCAAACCCACAAGAAAGUCUAGACGAUGUGUGUACUUUAAUGAACAAAUACUUUAUAUAAAAACUAGCAUAUAGCAAACAACAACAACAGCAAGAAAUGAAAAGGGAAAGCAUACUAAAAAUCUAGAGAGUGUUAGUUAACCUAGGCAAAGGACCCUCCCUCCAUUCUUCAUAUGUAUGUAUGUAUUUGUACUGCCUAUUGGCAGAAUGGAAAUAAAACGCCCCCGGAAUAAGUCAAGCUCAAUUAUCCCCCGCCCCGCCUCAAAAAUGGAUCAGAGAUUCUUCUUGUCAUAGAUUCAGCUGGUCAAUAAAAAAAACCAAAGAUUGUGUAUAAUUUGUAAGACCUUUUUGUGGUUUCAUAGCCAGAUGCCCGCACAAAUAGAUCACAAAAUGAAACACUCAAAUCUCAUGCUUUUAAAACUACAAUUUUAAUUAGAAAACACUAAGGCAAAUACCUUACCAGCUAGAAACAAGGAAAACCAAAGCCACAAUAUCCUUUGUUAAUUUAAUUUAUUUGUAUGUAUGAUAUUUAUGUACUUUCGUUGAACGCAAAAGAUGUUAACAAAACAAUUAAGCUAAUAAAUAUAAAACAAGCAGAAAACAUAAAAGAUUUUAUGAC